GCUCUUGGGGCUGUAUGAGCAAAUCUGCUGAAUCUUAUGGAAAGCCUUUCCAGAAGAGUGGAGUGUGCAGUGUAUCCUCUGGUACCAUGAUGGUGGCUACAUGUCCGUCAGUGUCUUUGAAGAUGGAUCCACCACUGUGUUAUCUUUUGUACUCGCGUGAAAGUCGAAGGUGAUGGAUUAAUCCCUGUACCCAAAAGACACAAUGUUUAAGGUCCCGUUUGAAGAUGAGAAACCCGCCUUUCAUUCGAACCAGAAGCCCCCUGGUCCCUCAGAACCAUUUGUUCUGUCAGGAACCAUUCAAGUGCCAUACACCAUUAACAGAUACCUACGAGACUACCAGCGAGAGGGGGUUCGAUUUAUCUAUGAGAACUAUUUGAAAUCCAGAGGUUGCAUCCUGGGUGAUGACAUGGGCCUAGGAAAGACCAUUCAGGUUAUCAGCUGCUUGGCUGCCAUUUUGCAGAAAACUGGGACAUGGCAGGAUGUUGAAAAUAACAGGCCAGAGUUUCUGCAGUCACAGGCACCAUCAACAAUAUCCAAAGUUAAGAAGGUUUUCCUCAUUGUGGCUCCCCUGUCUGUGCUCUACAACUGGAAAGAUGAGCUGGACACAUGGGGCCAUUUCAAAACAGUGAUUGUCCAUGGUGUGAGGAAGGAGGAGGAAUUGGCCCGUGUGAACAGAGGAAGAUGUGAGAUUGUCCUGACAACAUUUGAGACUCUAAGACUCUGUCUAAAUGAGUUCAACAGUCUUGAGUGGACCGCUGUCAUUGUGGAUGAAGUUCACAAGCUUAAGAAUUUCAAAGCUCAGAUCACUCAGGCAAUGAAAGAUCUGAAAUGCAAAGUGCGUGUGGGACUGACUGGUACAAUCUUGCAGAACAACCUGGAGGAACUCUGGUGUGUCAUGGAUUGGGCCAACCCGGGAUGCCUCGGGUCACUGAGUAGUUUUAAGAACAGGUUCUCUGAACCUAUCGAACAGGGACAGAAACACAAUGCAACAAAGAGAGCACUGGCCGAGGGCCGUGAGGCCAUCCAAGCUCUGGCUAAAAUUCUAUGCCGCUGGUUCCUCAGGAGAACCAAAGCACUCAUUAGCGACCAGUUACCAAAGAAAGAUGACAGGGUGGUGUACUGUUCCAUGACAGAUUUCCAGCAGGCGUUAUACCGUGCUGUGCUGGACACAGAUGAUGUGAGGUUGCUGUUGCAGAGCUCAGAGAAAUGUCCAUGCAGCAGCGGACACUCCAGGAGGAAGUGCUGCUACAAGCUCAAUUCAGACGGUGUCCCUGUCAGACACAUGUACUUCAGUUAUCUGGCUAUACUGAGGAAGGUCGCCAAUCAUGUAGCCCUGCUGCAGUCUAAAGAAGGAACCAGUAAAAAACAGGAGAAAUAUGUGACUGCUGUCUGUGAGCAAGUCUUCAAGAAGUUUCCAGACUUCACAGAAAGAUGCAAGCAGGCUGCAUUUGAGGCCAUGUCAGACCCCAUCUACAGUGGAAAAAUGAAGGUGCUGCAAAGGCUGCUUACUCACUUUAUCGAAAGGAAAGACAAAGUUCUCCUUUUUUCACUUUCCACAAAGCUCCUGGAUGUUUUGGAGAGCUAUUGCAUGGCUGAAGGUCUGGAGUACCGCAGGCUGGAUGGAAGCACCAAGUCUAAAGAACGCAUCCACAUUGUCAAGGAAUUCAACAGCACCAAUGAUAUUAACAUGUGCCUUGUGUCUACCAUGGCUGGUGGUCUUGGACUCAAUUUUGUUGGGGCUAAUGUUGUUGUCCUAUUUGAUCCAACAUGGAAUCCAGCAAAUGACCUUCAGGCUAUAGACAGGGCAUAUCGCAUUGGGCAGUGUAAGGAUGUAAAAGUUUUUAGGCUCAUCUCUCUGGGCACUGUAGAGGAGAUCAUCUAUCUGCGCCAGAUUUACAAACAGCAGUUGCAAUCCUCAGUGAUUGGAAAUGAAAAUGCAAGACGCUACUUUGAGGCAGUGCAAGGAGCAGAUGGCCAAGCAGGAGAGCUAUUUGGGAUCAGGAACCUCUUCCGCCUCCAGACUGAUGGAACUUGUCUGACACGCCGCAUCCUGGAGAGGGAGGGCCGUGUUGAGGUGGGGAUCAUGACAGCCAGCACACAGGCAACGGAUGAGAGGGUGCAAAAGCUGGUUCCAGUGUGUGUAUCAGCAGAUACCUCCGCACAACAGGAAAAUAGACCAGCAGUGGCAUGUGGUACCAGUACCAGGUUCUCUAAUGCUGAAGUUCUGGACUUUAGCAGCACUAGUGAGGAUGAGGAUCCCUGUGGCUCCAGAUCGAAAGCCACAUACCCAAAUGCAGGAGAGGUUUUUGGACCUAGCACUGGGUCUGCUGCAAAUAUGAAUCUAUCUGCUCUGCUGAUGAAACAUAUGACUAGUGGGUUGCAAAGGAGCUCAGAGAGCACUGAAGACAGUCAGUGUGAUACAGACUCCAAGGGCUUGAACCUAGAGGAUGCCAAGGUAGCUAAGGGGAAAACCGAAUGGUUCCUGUCCAGUGACUCAGAGGAAGAGAAGAAUGAAGCACAAAAGACCUGUGAUCAUGUCUGCAUGGAGGAGUCAGAAGACUUAGAGGUUCUUCACCACCGCUAUACUAAAGCACAACAGAGAGGUCGAGACAAUACUAACAAGAAACGGAGGCCAGAUUGGGCAGUACAAAGAAAGAGAUAUACUGAGGAGGUUGAGAGUUUAGACUCAUCUGAAGAUGAAUUUCCAGAGAGAAGGGUGAAGUUUAAGAAAAGUCUUCGACACCCCUUUAGUGCACAGAAUUCAGCUCAAAAAUCAGUUCAGUUCACAGGUUUAAAAUGUCCAAGCGUGCAUUCCAAAAAACCACAAAUCAUAGAGGGUACCAGCAACGGCACCAUAGAUACAUUAUUAGGUGGGCUUCAGGAAGUGAGCUACACCCACUCCAAUCAGAAAGUGGUCGGCUCGAGCAGGGCAGAGAACCGCCUCAGCCGUGCUGCAUUACGGGAUGUGUUUGAACUGAACAAGCACUCGCAGCUCCCAGCAAACCAUUUCCAUUACAUAUCUGAGUCUGGAAUCCCCCAGUUAUCUGAGCCCAUAAACGGUGGAGAGCAGGAUACGCCAGAAGGUCAUGACAAGACUUGUCUGAAACAUCAGGUCACCCACACCAUAGAAACUUCCCUCCGUACCAAAACUGCAACCGUUAAUGUUGGGGCGACGCCCGCUGCUGUCCGCAAGCAGCAGCUAGAAGAAAUGGCAAAGUUCUUUAGAGCGAAGUCUGUGCAAGAGUUUGCAGAAGAGCUUGUGAAGAACAGUUCAGCACAGCGACUGAGCAGGCUAUGUGAGUUCUAUAGCCACAGCAGCCCUGAGCUUACUGACAUUAUCCAAAAGACCUUUCCUAAACCUGUGAUUAAGCUAAAGCCAAGUAUUUCACCUAUCACUGCUACAUGCAGUAUGUCUAGACAAAGGCCUACCUCAAAAAGAACCUCCUUAAACUCAGUUCAGAGACCUCAUGAUGAAGGAGAAACAGGAACCUCACUGAAGAAGAGAAGAACUAAGGCACAAAGUGCUAAAGAUGUCCAUCAUCAUUGUGUUGGUCAGACUGAGCUUAAAAAUAACUGUUUGCCUUUGCCAGACUCAGGACCAAUUCCAAGAGAGAAGUCUUUUAAAACUUCUACAGACAUUCAUCCUCACUCUGAAAAAAACACUAAUACAUGCAAUUCUGCCACAACUGCUUCCUUUACUGAAUUGUCACCUUGCUCUAGAGAUGACCGAGCAGACAAAAACUCAAACACAACCCUUAUUAGUGAUCUCAUAGGUGACACCUCCAUUCUAGAUGACCUUUUCAAGCAAAAGAGAAGUGCGGAUCGGCCAAAGUCAGCAACAGCACCCAUUCCCUCACCCGCUGAGAGGAUGAAGAACAGGGGUAAAGACUUCUGGGACAUUUUGGAUGAGGGGAACGAGGAGAGCAUCAAUAAGCUAACAGAUCUAUCUCAGGUGGAGAAGUUUUGCAGGAGUGUUAAUGUGUGUGCAAAGUCCAAAAGUGAAAGCCAACUUGAAAGCUCUCAGCUGUGGAAGAAGAAUGAGAAAUUCCUUUGGAAAUGAUGGAAGAAGCUAGAAGCAUUUUUUUUUGUGAAAUGUGAAAUUACAAUGGAUGGUUUACACAAUAUUCUCAUUUUUUUACAUUGUUUUAUUUAAUUGCAUUUGGUUUUAUUUGAUUAUUGAUUAUUAUAGAACUGCUACUAGUCCAUACUAGUAUUUUAAGGCUUAACUUUUUACCUGCUUUUCUAAAUCAUUGCUGUUAAUGUGUGAGAAAACACUACAGCCCAUUUGAAAGAGGAGAUCUGUUUCUGUCUCUGUUCUCAUUCUGGAAUCACGUGAGACACCUCUGGAAUUGUUACAUUGCCAUUCAAAUACAAGUGUGGUCAAAACAUACACCCCAAGUUGGGCUUGAAAUGGUAGAAGUUGAUGCCGGAAGAGUCUUUGAUGCCAAAGUCUUAAAGUGACGUUUUUGGUGUAGUAGUUUCAACUCUCUGCUUAUUGUUUUACUCUCGCAAGCACUGCUUUGCUUUCGCUGCUUUUCUCGAAAUGCAUAACACUCGUCCGUGCCAUCGAACCUUCACUUUAGCACAAGAUGCCCACAAAGUCAUGGUAGCAUGAAUAGUGUAAAUGUGUCAAAGGAAUAGUGUGCUUAAGGUCAUACCAUCUAUACAUGCACAGUCCCCCAUUUCAACAGCCUAAAUAAUGAUCAUUAAUGACUGAUGACUAAUGAAAUAUGAAUCAAACCUCCCUCCAUAACAGCCACUCACAUCACCACAGCCAAUGUGAAAAAGUUUAUUAAAAAUGGCGGGCAGCCAUGUGGCUCUUACAGUGUGGCUCUGGUCCAGCCUGACUGAACUUGAUAUUGUGCUAUGUGUAUGAUGGUGUUUCUGGGAAUUAUUCCGUUACCACACUGUACGAGCGUGUUGCGAAAAAAGUAAGCUAAACUUGACUGGGAUAAAGACCCUUUUUGCACUGGUUUAUGUUGUAUAUUUGUCCAUGCUGGGUGGGGACAGAGUAAGAGUUCCGGCGUGUGUGUGUGUCAGUUUAGUGACACAGCUGCGCCUGAUGUUAGGUUGAAGUAAGCAAAGAGCCUGAGGAGGAGGACGAGCUGUUUUUUCCCCCAGCACGAAAUGGGAAAGUGUUGAUGGUUAUCAAUAAACAGGAGACCAGUGCAUGCUGUGACGAUUCCCAAACACAAUUUGGGUGGUAGAAUGGGAGUCUCUGUUUCUAUCGUACGUGUUCAUGGGGCAGCUCACAAACUGGAGAACACAAGCGCUAUUGUGCAAAACACAGAAGCAUCAAAAACUGUUGGUCAUCAAGCGGUUUCGUAAAGAUUGAAGUAACCAUGGCAGAUUUAACCACUGAUAUUCUGAUGAACUCAUUUACUUUCUAAUGAAAAAUUGAUGUAUGGAGAAAUUUGAUGUAAGAAUUUGAUAAUUUGUUAUAUCCAAUAUUUCUUCUGAAAUUAAACUUUUCCGGGGUCAGCAUUGGUGCCACCAUAACUUGUGGCAGGAUGUUUCUCAAAAAAUGAUUUCAGAGGGUUUGAUAUAUAAAUUUGUAUUACACUUGUUUCUACAGAGUGUCCAAAAAGUCAGGAACCGAUGGGAAUAUGUUGAGCAAAAUCCACAAAAACAAGAUACAGCAGCUGGGAAAAUGUGUAGAGUAUAAGGGUGGACAUGUAGAGCAAAUGUUGUAAAUAGUACAUAUAAUAUUAAGUAAUUGUAGUUUUACGCUCAUUGAUUCCUGACUUUUCAGACACCCUGUACUUUUAAAUCUACUUGUUUAGCAGGUUUAGCUUCGCCCGACCUACCCAUUGUUUCCCUGGUUCAGAAUGUAUUAAAAGAUUGUAUUUAGAUUUUUUUUUUUAUCUUUUGCAUUUUACUGUUGUGACUAAUAAUGUAGUCUUUGGGUGAAGACAAUGCCAAAGGGAACUUUGUAACACAGGGUCUCCCAAAAGUUUCCAUAUGUAGGGGAAAUUAACACGUUUUAGCAAAAUGUCUUCCAAAAUUUUUCAUACUUCGUGUGUGUGUAUAUAUAUAUAUAUGUGUGUGUGUGUGUAUGUAUGUAUGUAUGUAUGUGUGUGUGUGUGUGUGUGUGUGUGU